AAGUCAAACCCAGCAUGGUACUCUGAGGUGGUCACACGGAAUACUUGGAAUAGUGAUAAUGCUAUUUUUGUUCAGUAUGGUUCUUUCGUCAUUGGUGACGUCACAGUACGUAGUUUAUCACCUGCAAACACACAUGUUUCCGAACUCAAGUUAUUCUGCGUCGGAUGGGUCAACCUGUAAUGUUAACACAUCUUCAGAGGAGUAUCAGCAGAGGACGGCGGUACAGAAAUCUGCCUCACAUCUUAAUAUUUUCAUAAAAAUAAGUGAUACUAUACCAGCUCUCAUUACCAGCGCCAUCAUUGGCGGCCUUAGUGAUCGGUUCGGAAGGACCCGGAUUCUAACGUUUAACGCACUAUUCUGUUGCCUAGCGACAUGUUGUUCUAGUGUUAUCAUUUAUUUCGAUAUCGACAUUUACUACUUCUUAAUCAGCAGUAUCUUGUACAGCGCUGGGGGAGGUCUAUACGGUGCUCUUUCCAUUGGAUACGCCUAUAUCUCUGAUGUGACAAGUCCUGGAAAACAGCGAACGUUGAUGAUUACUUUUCUUGAAGCAUCCAUCGGAAUUGGUUCGGGAGCAUCCGGGCUCGUUUCUGGAUACAUCAUUGAGAGUAUUGGCUUCUUCUAUGCCAAUAUAUGUGUGUGUGCUUCGGCGGCCUGUUCCGUUUUAGUGGUUGUGUUGUUUCUGCCAUAUUCACGCCCUCCUGAACUAUUAAUAACAAACACGUCAUUUUUUGAAAAUGCUCGUGCAUCAUUUACAUUUUAUAUCCGUGCAUCACCUCGUAGACACAAAUAUAUACUCGCUAUUACUAUUUUCUUGACCGCGGCGCUUUCUCUUUUAGGGAAACAAAGUACAGAAAUUCUGUAUCAACUGAAUGCACCGUUUUGUUGGUCUUCUAUCAAAGUUGGAUAUUACUCGGCGAUUUCAUUAUCCUCAACAAUGGUUUUAGGCGUUGCAAUCGUCAAGGUUUUGCAUAAUUUUUUCUCUGAGGAAACAAUCGCCAUCUUUAGUGGUAUCUCCGGCAUAGCAGCGUGUACGGUGGAGGCGUUUGCCAUCAAAGACGUCGUGCUAUUCAUGGUGCCAGUAAUUGGUUUCCUAAGUGCAUUAGUUUUCCCGAUGACUCGAUCGAUACUGUCCAAGCUUACUUCACCGGACAGACAGGGUGCCCUAUUUGCCGGAAUAGCUGUUGUGGAGAUAGUUGCAAACCUCGGAAGUAAUGCUGGAGCGGCGGCCAUCUACAUAGCAACUGUUGGUACCAUGCGAGGAUUCGUCUUCCUCUGUUUUGCCGGCCUGUCCUUUGUAACCACAUGUCUUCUCUUAAUUUAUCGUAUCAUAAAUAGAAGAUCGCAAACCGUACCUAUAGCGAAUGUGACCGCAGACACCACUGGUACACAAGUAUUGACACAACACGAGGGAGACUGAGAUUAACUUUCUGACAGAACAUAUACUGUUCAUUUCCAAAUGUUUAUUCUUUUUCGAAAAUCGUACCAGAGGUCAGUCCUCCAUUUUCAUGUUAGGAGACAUUUUAAUGAUGGAACACAGGUACACUAAAGAAGAGCAUCUUAAGGGGAUGUUUGAAAUAUCACGUGGUAUGUGUUGGAAAUUGAGUUAUAUCUAACUCAGCUUAAACUUUUUCUUUGUUGCGUUUUUUUUUUUUUUAUUAUUUUUAAAGAAAAGUUGCCUACACUUAUUAAUUGUAAUAUGAUAAUGGUAUAGAAAUGUUGGUACAUAUCUAAUGUAAUUGUUAACCUUUAACAACUUCUCGUUAUGUGAUUCUUUGUGAUAUGGACGUGAUUUUAUUUUAGAACUUCAUUGCUGUGUAGUGAAAAAUCAAUAGUUCUCAUAAGAUAUCACUAAAAUAUUCUUCUUUGCAAUGUUAUAAAGCAGAAAUUGUAAUUGAGAUAUGGACAUAUUUAUUAUAAUUUUCAAUCCAAUCCUGGCAUUUGAUUUUAAGACCUAUAUGUCAUAAAGGAUUAUACUACACCAACAAUUAAUUAGCUCAAUCUAAUGAAGUAAUGAUUCAUUAAUUAAUGUUUUUAAAAUUCUCCACAAAUAUUAUUUAUCACGUUUUAAAGAGUACGUUUAAACCAAUUUUAUUUUCACGGAAAGCAUAUGUUGUUCAACACAGACAAUCUCAUCCACAAAGUUCCUGUUACCUUAUGAAAAAAUUAUCAUGAAAAAGUCCAGAUAGUGUGAUAGAAAAUUACUCAGUGAUUUCGUUCGGUGUAAUUUAUUCAAUAGAAUAAUGCAUUCAGAAGAAAUGAAGCGAGUUAUUUUUACAAACUUCUACAAACUAUAUACUAGGUACAAGUAAAUCAAUAUUCUAUGUUUUUUUGUAUUACGUAUACCUAAGUGUUUAUAUAAUGUAUGGAUGUAUGUAUUACGUAUACCUAAGUAUUUAUAUAAUGUAUGUUUGUGUGUAUUACGUAUACCUGAUCAUUGAUAAUGUCUGUAUGUGUGUAUUACAUAUACCUGAUCAUUGAUAAUGUCUGUAUGUGUGUAUUACAUAUACCUGAUCAUUGAUAAUGUAUGUAUGUGUGUAUUACGUAUACCUGAUCAUUGAUAAUGUAUGUAUGUGUGUAUUACGUAU